UGACGGCUCGCGUCCCUGUUACUCAGCGGAGCGGCCGAGGCCGGACGACGCGGCCCGGGGCGCAGAGACGCGAGCAACGCUGGCUAACGGCUGUGGCGACCGCCCGGACGGCGCCGGUGUUUGCCGGUGGGCUUUUCUGUGGUCGUUCGCUGCGCUGCCGGAUUUCCCAGCUGUGGGUUAAGCCUAGGAGGUCAAAUGCUAUAAGUGAACCUGUUUAGUGCUGCGCCUGACAAAAGCAAGCAGUCAAAAUGGGACUUCCUUAAGGACAGGCCUGUCUUGUAUCUGUUUCUCCAGCACCUAGCCUGGAAUAUACUUGGUGAAAUUUUGGAUGAAGCCAUUAAAUUAAUUGCUUGCCAUCAUGAGCAGAAGUAAGCGUGACAGCAAUUUUUAUAGUGUAGAGAUUGGUGAUUCUACAUUCACAGUCCUGAAACGAUAUCAGAAUUUAAAACCUAUAGGCUCAGGAGCUCAAGGAAUAGUAUGUGCAGCUUAUGAUGCCAUUCUUGAAAGAAAUGUUGCAAUCAAGAAGCUAAGCCGGCCAUUUCAGAAUCAGACUCAUGCUAAGCGGGCUUACAGAGAACUAGUUCUUAUGAAAUGUGUUAAUCACAAAAAUAUAAUUGGCCUGUUGAAUGUUUUCACACCACAGAAAUCCCUAGAAGAAUUUCAAGAUGUUUACAUAGUCAUGGAGCUCAUGGAUGCAAAUCUUUGCCAAGUGAUUCAGAUGGAACUAGAUCAUGAAAGAAUGUCCUACCUUCUCUAUCAGAUGCUGUGUGGAAUCAAGCACCUUCACUCUGCUGGAAUUAUUCAUCGGGACUUAAAGCCCAGUAAUAUAGUAGUAAAAUCAGACUGCACUUUGAAGAUUCUUGACUUUGGACUGGCCAGGACUGCUGGAACUAGUUUUAUGAUGACACCUUACGUAGUGACUCGCUACUACAGAGCACCAGAAGUCAUCUUAGGAAUGGGCUACAAAGAAAACGUUGACAUUUGGUCAGUUGGGUGCAUCAUGGGAGAAAUGAUCAAAGGUGGUGUUUUGUUCCCAGGUACAGAUCAUAUUGAUCAGUGGAAUAAAGUUAUUGAACAGCUUGGAACACCAUGUCCCGAAUUCAUGAAGAAACUACAACCAACAGUAAGGACUUAUGUUGAAAACAGACCUAAAUAUGCUGGAUAUAGCUUUGAGAAACUCUUCCCCGAUGUACUUUUCCCAGCUGAUUCGGAACACAACAAACUUAAAGCCAGUCAGGCAAGGGAUUUGUUAUCUAAAAUGCUGGUUAUUGAUGCAUCUAAAAGGAUCUCUGUAGAUGAAGCUCUCCAGCAUCCAUAUAUCAAUGUCUGGUAUGAUCCUUCUGAAGCAGAAGCUCCACCACCAAAGAUACCUGACAAGCAAUUAGAUGAAAGGGAACACACAAUAGAAGAGUGGAAAGAAUUGAUAUACAAGGAAGUUAUGGACUUGGAGGAGAGAACCAAGAAUGGAGUUAUACGAGGACAGCCCUCUCCUUUAGGUGCAGCAGUGAUCAAUGGCUCUCAGCAUCCAUCGUCAUCGUCAUCUGUCAAUGAUGUAUCUUCAAUGUCAACAGACCCGACUUUGGCCUCGGAUACAGACAGCAGUCUAGAAGCAUCAGCUGGACCUCUGGGCUGCUGUAGAUGACUACUUGGGCCUUGGGGCGGGUGGGGGGGAGGGAUGUGGAGUCGUUUAGUCAUUGAUAGAACUACUUUGAAAACAAUUCAGUGGUCUUAUUUUUGAGUGAUUUUUCAAAAACGUAGAAUUCAUUUUGUAGUAAAGUAGUUUAUUUUUUUUAAUUUCAAGUGAUGUAAUUUAAAACUUAAGUUGUGUUUUAAAACAGCAACAAAACCGUAUUGUAUUUUUGCUGUAAUUAACUGUAUAAUAUAAACCUAAUUAUUUUAUCAUGGUUUAAAAUUUUUGCAUAUUUGCUUUAUCUUAUGCUGCUGAUUUUUUUUACUGAAUUUGUAAGAUUUUGUUUAUCAAAGCAACUAUUAUGUGGUGACUUGCCUAUAUCAUGAAUUAUUUAAGGUUUUUAUAGUUUUUUUUAUUAGAAUUUAUUUCAAAUGUUUUGUUCAUGAUGCUGUUCUUCAGGGUUAUGUGCUUAUCAAUGAAAUAACCCAGAGGAGUGAGAGAACAUAACCUGUAGCCAGUUAUAUUCAGGAAUAACUACUGUAAGUGAUGAACGUGUUAAAAAAAAAAAUACCCCCCAAUUUUUGCUACUUACCAAUCCUAAUUUAGUUACAGCAAUUGGCAGGUAAUCCUACAUGAGUUUUGGCAAAAGCCCCAUCAUUUAAAUGGCAGAAUAAUUCAGAGCAUGUCUUUGAAGACGCUGAGUGUCUACCACCACCUUCCUAUCUUCCCACCUCACCCAACAAAAGUAAAGUAAAAAUUCUGCAAAUUGUGGCGUGCUCAAAGCUUAUGAUCACAUAAAGUCAAGAGGAUACUUCAUGAAUAAUACAUUUCAAUGCAAAUAAACAGAUGGUUCACUUCUAGCUAUGAGCCUGUUACUGUAUACACUGAGUUCAUCUACUCAGGCUGGAGGUCUUAGUGAUGGUCUAGAGUCUGGUCUUUCCCUUUCCUGCAGCCUUGGGCCCUUGGACCUUUCUGGUUUCCUAUUAGAGUGUCAGUCGAGCACCAGUUCUGGUUUUUCUGGCCAUUUGAUUCUACCUGUAGCAUAAUCAUAUUUAUACUAACUGUCGGGAGGUUCCAAAACCUACUUAGACUUCUGUAGGUGAUGUAUCAAAUGAGCAAUAUAUGUACCGUUCAUCUGAAAAUAGUAGCACACAGCCAUAUAUAGAAUAUCAUUUUCUAAGGACUGUUUCUUCACACUGAGCAGAGCAGGCAUAAGUGGUGAUUAUUUAGUCUGAGUCUUUCAUUUUUUUAUACCUGAUUUUCAAUAAAACAUACAAUGUGGAUGUUGAGUAGUGUAAGAAUGGUGCUGCUCCUGACAAGUGUAUGUUAACUGUUUACAUUUUAUAUCUGCAGAAUUAUUUCUCUAUAACUGAAUUUUUUUUUAAGUAAAAUGUCAUUGAAGUCUCCUCUAUGAAAUACAUUGUCUCCAAUGCCCCUAGGCACCUUUUGUUGUAUUUGGAACAGGAGGGAUUUCAUGGAAUGAACUGGGAAAUGCAUACUUAAAUAAGUGACAAGGUUUUAAGCAGAAAGCCCAUUGGAAUUAAUGACUAAGAGGAGCAAGAACUGGUGCAGCUCAACAUGCAGUGUCUGAAAGUUCGCUUGGCAUGUUAUUUGCAUAUUUAGUGCAAAUUUCCUUUUGAGUAAGAUAUUUUAGAUCAUUGUUAAUGUGCAAUAUUUAGGAUUAAAAUACAUUAGCCUUUUUAUAUGCUUUGAAAUAGCAAGUUUGUUUUUGAUGUUUUAAAGUCAUGAUUUCCGAUCUCUUGAAGUUGUCUGCCUUUUUAUCCAUUUUCUACUCAUACAACAUGGUGCAUUAAUUUUAUUACGCAAAUUAGAGUUUUGAGGCUGUAACACCUUGAAUUAUAGACAGGAUUGGAUUUACGGAGAAAUUUGAGCAUGAGUGUGUUCUUAGUUUAUAUUACUGUGACAGUUAAUUAGCUCUAUUUUCUAAGCUAGAUCAUUUCACUAUUGCACUUUAACAACUGACAUGCUUUCAGCUGAUUCCCAUAUUUUAUGUUUGAUUGCUAAUAAGCCAUCUCUUUUGAUACAGAUUUUGGUUAAGCAAGGAAAACCAGGUGUUCUUACUGUAUCAUUUAUUGUAAAUGCCAGCUCCCACUUGCCAACCAGUAUAUUGCAGUUGCUUCAGAGAAAAUUAACUCUUAUUAAUUAAUGUAGACUGAAAUACUUAAAUUAUAUCCAGAAAACAAAGUCUGUUUGUUAAAUGUUGUGUGCCCUAGGUUUUUAAAAUGCCAUAUCUAAAGACAACUUUCCCUUUUAAAUCUGUUAAGCUAAAGAUAUACUUGUUCAUUUUAUUUUAAAAGCUUUUCAGACCUUUAAAAUAUCGUAAACAUUUGUGGUUUUUUUUAAGAGAAAUUACAAAUAAGACUUCCGUCAGACAGUACUUAUGUAAAGCCACCUUGCUUAUAACUUUGGCUUUUCAACUUUAUAUACUUAAUAUACCUAUCAUCUUACUGUCAGAAAAUUAUUUUGAUCAAGAUCUAUUAUUCAACCUUACAGGCUAGGAAAGAGGCACCAAUUCUGAUUUUUUCCACAUAUUUCUUCCUGGUUAUUCUGUUACCCUUUAAUGUAUACUGACCAUUUAUAAAAUUAUUGUAUUGUUGGGAUUGCUUAAUUAUCAUAUACAUACAUAGAGCAUCUCAACUCUUUCAUACUGUUUGCUGAUAAUAGUCCUCAUUUUGUCACACACCCAAGGCUGCUGAAUUGUACCUGGUAUACACUCUUCCAAGUUGGUAAAAGCACAGUGCAUUCACACCACACUUCCAAGAGAAAUGCCAGCCUCUUAAAUUAGGAGGCUACCACACAACCCCCUUAACAAUACCAAGAAACUCAGUUGUAUGUAAAGCAGCAAAUUUUCUUUAAGCCUUUGUUAUUCUGUUCCAUGCUAAUCCAGCUGUGUUGUCUAAAAGGUGAAGGUGAAGAAGACAUCAAUGUCUGAUAGUAAAAUCAGCUGCAGGCAAGUGAAGCUGUUUGGGGGUUACAGAUAAGAUUUGGUUUACACUAUAGGCCAGUAUGUGCUACACAUCUGAUCACUUAAUUACUCAGUGUUGCCUAGGCACAAGCCUGCAGAUUCUGAGGUAAAAACAUAGUCCAUUUUCAAAAAUACUGUUGUAGUUUGUGAGUGUUGUUCAUUGGUCACAUUAGCUAUAGAGUGAAUGCAUGAAGCCCCAUGACCCCAGUAAACCUCUCUUACCGGUAGAAAAACCAAACACCACCAUUCUCUCAUUAGCAGCCCUCUUAAAUGUUGCUUCCUUAUCCUUUACAUUUUAGUAUACAUUGUGUUUCUACUGAUCUCUCUUAGGUUUUUCCUGAAUUAGAGGAAAUGGAUUUUUCCUUAAUAGCAAGAAAGAUGAAGAGGUAAAGGGCAUUGAAGCAGAAAUGUAUAGUUUGGGGUAUGAUUACAAAACUAGUAAGGAAAACAAGUCCUAAUUUCAAACUAACUGCUCUUAGUUAAGUGCUCUUAGGGAGAGUCUAGUAAGAGUAACACUUUCUGGCCAUUCCUGGUUUAGAUUCUCUUCAUUACUGAAACUUUUGAGAAAUAUUACCUGUGGAUUAGUUUUGCACAAUGUUCUAUUCUCACAAUAACUUACAAAUUAAACUAGAUUUUUAUUGAACUACCUCACACUAAUUUUCUAUGCUUUCCCAAGUAAGCUGUUGCCCUUACUGUUAGAUCUUUACUGAGUGUGAAUUAUAAAUGUAUGUUAAAUACUUUAUAGCCAAUGUCGACACAAUACCAGUAAGUAUGUAAAAUAUAUACCUUCCAUAAGUAAGAGAGAAUCAUGUGUAAAAUCUUUGACUGUAUAUCUUGGAAAAUUGUGUUAGAUGUGCUUGUCGGACAUUAUUACUGUCUGUUUUGUAAGUAGAAACCUGCUCGUAAUAUCAGUCCAUUCUUUACAUUUUACAAAAGGAAUAAAUCUUAGUAAAUUUUACGAAGAAAUAAAUUACUUUUGUAGGCCUGAUAUUUGGUAUAUUUUUGAGAAGCUCUUAAUCUUUUAGUCGAAUGAUGAAGUUAAAUUGAAAUAGCUGUCUACCUGGACUGUGACAUCUAUUUUCUCAUUACAGUUUAUCCUGUUCAACAGGUUUUAAAACCUGAAAACCUAAGUGUGAUAACGAUGUAACAUUUGCUUUUCUCCCUAUAUGAUGCCAUUCCUUCUUUGUUCCACUUUCUUCCCUGUGUUCCAUUCCCUCUCCUCUCCUCUAGACAAAACAAAAUGGGGCACUUUGUAGGGAAUGCUGAGAUAAUUAUUGUGGUUUUUAAUCAUUCAUGCCCUAGUCAUUAAACAUGCACCACUGGAAUGUAAACAAUGUUAUCUAGUAUGUUCAUUGGUUAUAAUAUUUUAAAUAAAAAACAAAAAAAAAGUGGUAUGAAACUGAAA